UGUGCCCUAAAGCGAUGUCAACAUUACUUUUCGGUGUCUUUAACAGGUCUUCGUUUGCUGCACAUUGCAAACUUGAAACACACGCUUAAUUCCGGGUAUAUAAGACUACAGGAGAGGUUGUCCUGUCAUACUUAUUAGCAGUUCUUUUUUGGCGUUAAUGUUUCUUUUGUUUUUCAGUGCAAACAAACUAGCUAGGUAAAUUAGCUAGGUAUGGGCUAGUUUUGGCAUCCUUUACUGUCUACGUAUAUUUUGCUACACAAUUUUAGGGUUUCUUAGCAAAACACAUUGACCAGUCAGAUUUAAUUAUGUUUUACUGUGUUUGAGUUAACGUCGCGAUGUUGGCCACCCUCGUUUUACGGCAGUUUCUUAGCAGACAGUGAUGUUUAGACUGACUGGCUUUUUCAGAGUAGCACGCAGGACCGUUUGCAGUGCCGCCGACGACAUGGCGAAGGGCAAGUUUUUCUACGCAGUAAAGAGAGGAUUCAAACCAGGAGUGUACACAUCAUGGGAUCAAUGUAAGAGCCAGGUGGAAAAAUUUCCAUCAGCUUCUUUCAAGAAAUUUGCAUCAGAGAAAGAUGCCUGGGCUUUCGUCAGAGGAGUCGAACUAUCUGCACCUCAGGAUCUGAAGAAAGUGACUCAGAAUGUGGAGCUGGCUGUCAGUUCGCUUCCCAAAAGAGGCCCGGAGCCUCUGGAAUACAUCCCUAUUGGUAAGAAGAGAUGUUACUCACAUGAGGAGACGGAAUCCCAUCCCAAACGGGUCAAACAGUCAGAAAGUUCAUCUUCAGAAAGCACAGACGGGUUCACAUACAUGGGUGAUGCUGUGGUUGUUUACACUGACGGUUGCUGCUCAGCCAAUGGACGGCGUGGCGCCCGAGCUGGCAUCGGAGUCUACUGGGGCUGCAACCACCCACUAAAUGUUGCAGAGCGACUGCAUGGGAGACAAACCAAUCAGCGUGCAGAAAUACAGGCAGCCUGCAAAGCGCUGGAACAAGCCAAACAGAACAACAUAAAGAAGCUGGUUCUUUACACAGACAGCAAGUUUACAAUCAAUGGUGUGACCAGCUGGGUGAAGAAGUGGAAGCUGAAUAAUUGGAGGCUGAAAUCUGGAGGUCAGGUCAUCAACAAAGAAGACUUUGUGAAGCUGGACAGACUGAAUGCAGAGCUGGAGGUGGUCUGGAUGCAUAUUCCAGGUCACGCCGGCUACAGAGGCAACGAGGAAGCCGACAGACUGUCGAGAGACGGAGCAGCAAAGCCUUUAGAGGAGCAGCAUGAAGAAGGAGACGAUGACGACGACUAUGAUUAAAGAGAUCUGCAGUAGGACUCUUCAUUUGGACUCUGGUUCAACAGCCUGUUGGCUGUUUUGAUACAGAGGUUUGUUUUUCUCUUAGCAGCAUUGAUGACUCAGAGAGGCGAGUCAGUGUAUUUGUUGUUUUCCUGUAAAAUGUGUAUUUUAAUUUAUGUUUCUGCUCUGAAUAAAAAUUUGAGUUUCUGCUUCAA